AAGGCAAGGAAAAAGACAAAAGCAAAUUGCGUCUCACAGGAGAACGAAAAUAAAAGAAUCUGUUCGAAAAUGUCGGAGAUUAAGGCGUUGGAGCACGCCACGCUCAAGGUGCCAUACGAGAUGCUGAACAAGCGCUUCCGCUCCGCGCAGAAAAUCAUUGACCGUGAGGUGGACCAGGUGACCAACGUAUCGCGUCAAGUGGAGAAGGCCUUAGAGUGCGAGGGUCCCAUCCUGUCGGACGUGACCAAGCUGAUGGGCAAUGUGGCCCAGAAGUUGCAAGUGCUCAAGCGCAAGGCAGAGGAGAGCAUCAACGACGAGUUGAGCGUUACCCAGAUCUGCAAGCGCAAGCUGGAGCACCUCAAGGGCAUCACACCCCCCAACAGUGUGACGGGCGACUUGUGGCAAGGAUCGGUUGAUCAGUGGAAGCGUAUUCGACUGGACCGACUAGUCAUCGAGCAUCUGCUGCGUAUGGGCUACUACGAGACCGCCGAAGAGUUGGCUGCCAGGUCGGAUGUUCGCCACCUAACCAACCUAGACAUAUUCCAGACGUCCCGCGAGGUGGAGGACGAUCUGGCCAGCCACAGCACAACCAAGUGCGUUCUCUGGUGCAUUGACAACAAGUCCAAGCUCCGCAAAAUCAACUCUACAAUUGAGUUCAGCCUGCGGGUCCAAGAAUUCAUCGAGCUGGUGCGUCAGAACCAGCGUUUUGAGGCGGUGAAACACUCGCGCCGCUACUUCCCCGCCUACGAGAAGACACAGCUGAACGAGAUCUGCCACGUAAUGGCCCUGCUGGCCUAUCCGGCUGAUGCCGAGGCGGAGCACUAUCGCAAGUAUAUGGACCCGCAGCGCUGGCAGCAGCUGGUGCUGGACUUCCGCCACGAGAACUACCGCCUCUUCCAGCUGUCCAGCACGUCCGUGUUUUCGGCGGCCGUGCAGGCGGGUCUGUCGGCAUUGAAGACGCCCCACUGCUACGCUCAGACCUGCCGCAACCUCAACUGCCCCGUCUGCCAGGAGGAUCUCAACCGCAUCGCCCUUAAGUUGCCAUACUCACACUGUGUCCAGAGCCGCCUCAUCUGCCGUGUGACGGGGCUGCCGCUCAACGAGCACAAUCAGCCGAUGAUGCUGCCAAACGGACAGAUUUUCGGGCAGAUGGCCCUACCGGACAUCACCAAAGACGACGGAACCGUGACCUGUCCGGUGACCAAUACCAAGUUCUCCAACCCCAAGAUCGAAAAGGUCUUUGUGAUGUAAGCGGCGGACAAUCGGUCCCCUCUCUUCCUCCCCAAACCUAUCAGCACUAAGUUAAGCAAGAAUCAACUCUAUUUUUGAACAUGUAACUCCAGAAUUAUGUCUAAUAUUAUUAUUACUAUUAUAAGCGACUUGGAGCGUCCGCAAACGCCCUCGAUUUGAAUUCCGAUUUCGAUAUAUCGGCGUUCGAAGCUGCUGCUGCGCAUGCGCAGGUCUAUUGAUUAGUCGACUCCGACUCCAGUCCGCAUCCACGGAUUGGGCAGAGCAGUCAGUGCGUCGAGGUUGAUUCACGCGAACGGCGUAAUUCGACCCUUUCUUCUCUGAAGUGGCACACUAUGCACACACACCUAACACCACUUAUAUUACAUUAAACUAAAGAUACAAAUAAAGGUUAAAUCAUACGA